UGACUUGAUGCAACUUCAAGGCAGCCCACGGUCGCCACCUCGCUACCGAUAAAUUGUGGCCUGAGACGAUCCCGCUUCCGCUCGCCACUGCCCACGUCACGGUUCCGAGUCAGCUGCCCCACUUGCACUUUGUACAUCUCGAACCAGCCGCGUACUUUCCAUUCAUUGCCGCCGAUUCUCUACGGGACGUCGAGCUGUUGCCAACUCUCUCGAUGGCACCGCUACCGGCAGAGUCGCUCUUCGAAGCACUCGCGCGCUGCAACCGACUCGAGAGAUUGCGACUCCUGGCACAUUCGGUCGCCGACACAUAGUCCGCGACUGUCCACGCUGGUCAUGGACCCCACCUCCCGCUGCCGAAAGUAUUAUCCGUCGGGAUUGCAAGCAUUUCCUCAGCGCGACAAACCAUUACUGCCGUCCACGUCCCGAGCACAGCCCUGAUCGACGCGUAUUCCACUCAGGACGACAAGCCGUUCGAGCUCAAUUGUCUCGAGAUGGUGCCCGCAGAGCUGGUGCUGAAGCGGCCCUUCGACAGAGCGGUUCUCCGCCUAUCCACACGGUUCAACGACUCUUGGCAACUGGACUGCUUCGCGGACAACGUCCGUAAUUUCCACAUCUUGCUCGCUUCUAAGCAACAGCUGGGGCACAUCGGUCUAGGAGACUUCCUGCACACCAGCCAGCUCACUCAUCUCGAGGUCGUCGACCGCUCCGACGUCGAGAGACAGACCGUCACCGAUUGGGUCGCCGUCCUGGGCGCACUUCCUCUGUUGACCCACCUGGAGGUGAAAGGCGUGGACGGCCCGAACAACGUCCUUCCGGCUCUGGCUGAGCGUCCCGUCGCGCAGCCCGGCGCGUCCACCGUGUGUCCGGCGUUCAAGAGCAUGACGCUCGGCUGGGAACUGUCUGCAAGUUCCGACUCUGUGGACGGCGGGAAUGCCCCUGCCAGGAACCUCUCUGAGGCAUGUGACUUGGCGACGUACCGCGCUCGAGACGUGGAAGACCAUAUUCGAUGAAGAUGUUCCCUGAUCCAGCCUCACCUCGAGCAGCGUGGAGCCUCAGCAGCGUCUCGACUCGAGAGGCUCGAGUUCCGUGAGUACGAGCUCCCAAGAGCGCGGGAUUGGGAUGAAGGCACGGACGGGGGGAUUUGCUUGCCGCGAGUCGUCGUGAUGAUGGCAGUUCGCCAUCCCUUGCGCAGCUUCGGAAAGUUGUGGGUGGACCGGUCAUGUAUGAAGGGUAUCUGUUACUAGAUGCUAGCGCUUCGGUUUGAAUGGUGUUGGUCGGUUUCACACACUAUAUGCUUCAGUCAGAGCAAGCGCAAUGUGGUACUGAUGUAUAAAACAGCACUUUCUUUCGG